UUUACUUCGAUAGAAAAGUCUUGCAUCCAGACUUCCAAGGAACAAAUAUUAAUGAUAUUGGACUUUUAAUUUUGAAGCAGUCUGUUUCUGAUUUGUGUGAUGUUAAUCCAAUUGCAUUACCAGUUAGACAGAGAUCAUUUGUACACGGGCAUGCGAAAAUGGCGGGUUGGGGAUGGACAGGACCAAAUCCUGGAGAAAUAGCAAGAAAUCUUAUUGUCGCUGAUGUUCAAUUAAUCGAUCCGAAACCAUAUAAAUAUUACUUUAACAUUACUCUGACCGGUAAAGAGAUUCUAACGAAAACACAAGGAAUUCGUGCUAUGCCCGGUGAUUCGGGUUCUCCAUUAAUUUACACAGAUGAUCACGGUAUUGAACUCCUUAUUGGAGUAAUGAGUGGAGGUAUUUAUGGUGACGAAAAAGCUCCUGACAUUUUCGUAGCCACUAGUGCAUAUUAUCAUUUCAUUAAAGAAAACUCUGUGGGCGAACCCAUAUUUUUUGAUGAGUAAUGUUAUAAAUGGAAUAAUAAGG